CUUCAUCAUAUGAUGAACUUUUAAAAGAGAUUUGUGAAGUCGAAGCAGCAAUAUCACGAUUUCGUUCUACAUCAGAUAAUUGGCAAGACUAUGUUCCACUUCUUCGUCUCUUUCCAGCUAAAUCCAAUCGAGCAAAUGAAUAUCGUCUUCGUCGUGAUCGUUAUUUAAAUAUUCUUCUCGAUGGUUUAAAACAACAUAUUGCUAAUGAAACAGACAAGCCUUGUAUUACCGGAAAUAUUCUUAAAGAUCCAACAACUCAAUUGAAUGAAGCAGAAAUUAAAAGUAUUUGUUUAACAAUGGUUAGUGCUGGUCUAGAUACAAUUCCUGCUAACAUUAUCUUUGGUAUUGGUUAUCUUUCAUCACCACAUGGUCAACAAAUUCAACAACGUGCUUACGAAGAAAUUCAAGAAGUUUAUCCCGAUAAUGAUGUGUGGGAAAAAUGCUUAAUUGAAGAACGAAUACCAUACAUAACUGCACUUUAUAAAGAGAUACUUCGUUAUUUCACCGUUAUACCAAUGUGUCUCCCACGACGAAGUAUUCAGGAUAUUGAAUAUAAUGGAAUUGUUAUUCCAGAAGGAACGUUGUUUUACAUGAACGCAUUUGCUGGUGAUUAUGAUGAAGAGCAUUUUGAAGAACCUGAAAAAUUCAAUCCGGAACGAUAUUUAGGCGAUGUAGAAGGUACAUCGCACUUCGCUUAUGGAGCAGGAAGUCGAAUGUGUGCUGGAGCACAUUUAGCAAAUCGUGAAUUAUUUACUUUUUUUGUUCGAUUAAUUACAGGAUUUCGAAUUUUACCACCGAAAGAUGAAAAAUACAUGGCACCUACUGAUGCCAUGGACGCCAAUCAAUGUCAUACUGCUCUUGUUGCUGAGCCCAAGAUGUUCAAAUGUCGAUUUGAACCACGAAACAAAGAAUUGUUAAUGGAAUGAAACGAAAGUUCUGAUGUAUCGAACGAAAAGAAGAAGAAGAAAGAGAACGAAAUUGAUCGAGUAAAAGUUAACAUAUUGGAUAAAAAAGCAAACACAAUAUUUCGCAUCGUUUUGAAGACCUUCAAAACAAAAGCAAAUAAAAACUUCAACCGAUCACAUCAGAUGAGUCGUGGUCUUUAUUUUCACGACCAAUAUGUUCGUGUAUCUCAUGUUGGUGGUAUUCAUCGAUACAAACGUGAUGCGGAUGAUCUAACAGAAGCAUUUCAACAAGUGAAACUCGCAUUAGCAGCGAAAGAUGACAAACCCGUGAAAUUCGAUUCGAGUCUUGUGAGUCCGACACCAACGCAUGGAAACAAACAUAAAGGAAAACCAGCAAAUGAUGCUUUGUUGAAGAAUAUUCAAAAGAAAUUGAAAGCUCCAAUUGUACCCGAAGUCUUAUGCAGAGAUUUAGAUGUUUUGUUACAAAGGUUCGAAGAGAGAUUGAAAAUGUCAAUGAAACUUCUUCAAACUUCGGGACCACCUGCUACAGUUCCUGAAGGUGAACAAGUUGUCACCGAUAUUUCUGCUGUUCCUGAACUAAUUGAUGAAGAGAAAGAAAAAGAAAAAGCUGCGUCACCAACACCACCACCACCAGCUCUACCAAAAAUAGUUCUACCUGAUUCUUUACUUAUGGCUUUACAUUCAAACUGGAAUGAUCUUGCAGAGAAUGCCGAAGAUAAUUAUAAAGUUUGGCGAACAAAAAUUGCUGAAGAUACUUGGAACCGUCGUCUUGAACGUAAACGUGUCGAACAAUUGAAAGCUGAAAAACAUCCACCACCAGUUAUAACUAAACCAGUUCAUCCACCAUCUCGUAAAGCUUCUCGUCUUAGUAUUUCUUCGAUAUCAAAAGAUCAAUUACCAGCAUUGGUAUCGUUAAGUAGUCGAACGCGACCAAAUCAUUCCUUGUCUCGCGUUUCAUUUCUUAAUCCGAAUGCGGACAAUAAUCGUUUAUCGAAAUCAUUACAUCAUGGUGGCGCAGAGAAUAUUGCCGGACUUCAUGUCGAGUUUAAAUUAUCAACAGAAACCGAUGAAUCUAAACAAACGACCAGUGAACGAAAAGCGGUGAGUUUUGAUGUUGCAAAACCAAUGGUGGAUUUGUAUGAAGAUAUGAUUGCAUUGAUUCAAUUGAAAUGCAAACGAUUGCUUGCAGAAAUGAAACAAAAAAUAUAUCGAACAACAGGAAAUACGAAUAUCCAUCAUCCAAAAAUGUGUAAAGUUUGGUUUUAUGAAGAUAUCCAUCAUAUGAGAAAUAAAAUUAAUUUGUUGUCGUUCAACGAAUUAGCCAAAAAACAAAAAAUGAAAUUUAUCUUCUCGAUUUUACGAAAACAAAUUCCAGAACGAUAUAACAUCGACAUUGAAAUACCUAAAGCAAAACAUAAAUGUUAUAUUGAAUUAAUCGAUGGUUCAAUUCAAGUCUAUUAUCCAUCCGGUCGACUUGCUGUUCUUCGUCUUCAGCCUCCACAAACUUGUACACUCUUUUUCGAUGAUACUGAUUCUCCCGAAGAACAAUUUCUUGGUCUCGUCACCUCGACUGGCAGUGUUCUUAUCAUGCAACCUGCUCUCUACGCUCGUUUCGUAACUGAUCCUCAUCACGAACGUGGUUAUCUAUGUAAUGGUGAGAUCGGUUCCAUCGACAAACAACUUCGUGCAAAUUCCAGUGAUCCAACACCAGAACAUCCACCAGUACCAACAGGAAACGAAGAGGAUACAUCCGUACCUCCUGUUGUAGAAAAUACUGUUCAAUUACAAUUGAAUUCAUCGAUGCAAUUGGAAUACUUGAAUCCAUUUAAUAUUCGCUUUGCAUUCGCUUGUAGUAAAGAAGAAUAUAAGUUUCAAUUAGGUGCCGUUCCUUCGUUACAAAUGUCGACUUCACUUGAUACAUCAACGAAUUUAUCGAAGAAAAGUUCUGCUGAUCGACGACGUCAAUCGAAAUCUAAAGUCUCGACGAUUAUUUCCAGUUCAACACAUUCGAGUCAAUUAUCAUUGAAUUCGGAAAAACCACAAAUACUUACAGAAAAAUUAGCAGAUGGGCAAAUUAAUAUGAAGGAAUUACCAAUGAUGAAAGAUUUAAUAACAUUACGAAAGCGUGUCAAAAAUAUUUGUAGUAAUUGGUUGAAAGAAUGUCGAACAGCAUUGGAUAUCACAGAGUCAACACGGUCGACAACAAAACGGAGCGUCAAAUCUCCACGAAACGCAUCUGUUUCUUCUAAAGGUGAUACAGCAAAUAAUGAAUUUCCUCAAGGAAGCGAACGGCAACAGCUCGUUCGAACGCAUUCAGCACGAAAAUCAGACGCGGAUAUCAUCGAAAGUACGAUGAUGGAAUUUCUACCUCAUUCGGAAAGUGGCAAACUUUUCAAGCAAAAAUUGAAUGCCAGGAAAAAUCUUUCCUCAUCAGUCACAACAUUACCUGCUAUCAAAUCGGAUGGAAAUCUUUCAUCUCGUGCAGGCACAACGAUUUCUCUUGAUCUACCAUUUGCUUGUCCGAACGUCAUUCGUCAACGUUUACUUCAAGAAAAUCCAUUGAUUCCACUUUCAUACGAAACCUGUGCGUGCCGAGCUGAACAAGUUCCACAAAUCCAUGAUUUAGAAUUCGAUUCCUUUAUUAAUUUAACAAAUCACUUAAGUCCCCGACAAUUAGUUGUUGUUGGCAUAGUUAAUACAAAUCAAUCUUAUCAUGAAAAUAAUCGAACGAAUGAAUUGUACGAAAUUCUUCAAACAUUGCACUAUCACCUUCAUUCUUCUCGAAAUCAAUCGUGUUCAUGUCGCUCGUCCGUUACCGAUGAUUAUCGAUUUCUUAUUUAUGAUUUAUCUCAAGCGACAAGACAAAGUCAUUCUCAAGGCCCGUUGCUUAUGCGUCGUCAUCAUGUACAACCAGGUUUUGUUCUCAUUUACCAAAAUGGUCGAUUGAUCUUUGGUGAUUCGAUCUUCAACGGUUACGGAUCGAAUGUACACGAUCUGCAGAAUCAGUUGAAUCAAAUGAAACAACAACAUAUGGCUUUGCCAGAUGAAUUCAAAUUUCUAUCCGAUCAACGACGAACGAAUACAACAGUUUUGAAAUCAAUUUAA